CGCUCCUGCCAUUUUUGUGCUACUGGCUAGCUUGCUUAGCAAGGGGUCUCCAUCAGCAGGAGGCGGAGAAAGACUGCGGGCAAACAGAGAGAGCAGUCGAAUCAAGAGACUGAACCUUACCUGGAGAACCGGGGGGCUCUUCCACACAGGAAACAGUUAUUAGAAAGGCUGUACAAUGUCCGAUUUUGACAGCAACCCGUUCGCAGACCCGGACUUCAGCAAUCCCUUUCAGGAUCCCUCAGUGACUCAGGUGACCCGGUCUGCCCCUCCUGGUGGUCUGGAGGAGUAUAAUCCCUUCACAGAUGCCAAAACGGCGGCCCCUGGGAAUGCUCCCAAAGCGACUCCUGUACCUUCCCAGCAGAACACACAACCUGCCAUCAUGAAACCCACAGAGGAGCCGCCAGCCUACUCACAGCAACAGAGUCAGCGGCGCAAUGAGGACCAAGCACGUGUUCAGGCGGAGUUGUUGAGAAGGCAGGAGGAGCUGGAGAAGAAAGCGGCAGAACUCGAUCGUCGGGAGAGAGAACUCCAGUCCCACGGAGGAGGGCGUAAGAACAACUGGCCUCCACUGCCAGAGAAGUUCCCCGUUGGUCCAUGUUUCUACCACGACAUUGCAGUGGACAUUCCUGUAGAGUUCCAAAAGACCGUGAAGAUCAUGUACAACCUUUGGAUGUUCCAUGCAUGCACGCUCUUUGUGAACAUGUUCGGCUGCCUGGCAUGGUUCUGUGUGGAUACAUCUCGCGGUGUAGAUUUUGGCUUGGCCAUGCUAUGGUUCCUGCUGUUCACUCCCUGUUCCUUUGUCUGCUGGUACAGACCGCUUUACGGGGCUUUUAGGAGUGACAGUUCAUUCCGCUUCUUUGUCUUCUUCUUCAUCUAUAUCUGUCAGUUUGGCGUUCACGUUUUACAAAGUAUUGGCAUCGCUGGCUGGGGUACAUGUGGUUGGAUCGCAGCUUUAACUGGUCUGAAUAUCAACAUCCCAGUGGGCAUCAUCAUGGUGCUGAUCUCAGCUCUGUUCACUGCGCUGUCCGUGGGAUCACUCAUCAUGUUUAAAAGGGUGCACGCACUGUAUCGUACCACCGGGGCCAGUUUUGAGAAGGCUCAGCAGGAGUUUGCAACUGGGGUCAUGUCUAACAAGACCGUCCAGACCGCGGCCGCCAACGCCGCAGCUAAUGCUGCAACCAAUGCUGCUCGUGGGGCCUUCAAACCUCAGCCAUAAACAGACGCGCCCACAUACAUGCACACAUGCUCAUAAAUAGAAGCAUACACUCACACACACAAAUGUUGGAGGUGUACAACUCUGGCCUUGCAGGUUCUCAGAUCAAAUGAAUUCUAUUUAUGAAUGUUGUUAUUCUAAGAUUGGCCUACACACGUUGCUAAAAAAUAGUAACCAGAGUUGUCCACCUUCACUUAAGAUCCAGUUUUAGUAAAAAACUCUCAAGUAGUUGAAUCAUCCACAAAGAUACUCAAGAUGUGCUCUGAGUGUGUGGGAUUUCAUAACUCGCUCCUCUUUCCCCGUCCUCCUGUCCCGUUGAGGUGUUUCUAAGUCAGGCAGAGGUUGCAGUAUUUUUGUCAUGGUGAUGACCUCCAGACAGCUUCCUGCCAGGUAAAUUCAGUAUAGAUUAAUGAAAAGUGAUAAUAUGAUCAUGGUGUUUUGCACAUAGUUCUGUUUUCUUGGUCACAAAAUGAAAGUACAGAGGGUGUUUGUAUGGCUGGGCCUGCGCGUGAAUGUGUACUUCACUUAACGAGAACUCUUUCAUUUAGAUCUGAAAGGUUAAUCAUCCUUGUCCUACAUCUGUACUUCUAUUCUGAGAUGAAUACACUCCUGGUCAUUCAUAUUAGUAAAAGUAUUUCAGUAUUAUUUUAUCUAGGACCUUCCUGCAGCCCUUAGCAGUGACUUAUUUCUGAAAUAUUCCCUGUUUGUGAGCUAUACUUCAAACACCAAAGUGGGAUAGCUUCAUAAGAUUUGACAGCAUGAUAAAGACAUGCAUGUUCAGCACACUCAACGUAGCUGUUUUUCAAAGCCAAUGUCCACUAUUAGCCUUUUCUCUGGUUACAGGUGGGAACUGGUUUAGGGGGAGGAAUGUCAGCCUACCUAUUUUUCCCUAGUUGGAUUAUGUGUGAAGUGAGCUGUGAAGUCAGUGCAUGUCCCUGGUUGACUGAUUGAUGAUGUUUGGAUCUAUUUGUGAAGACACACUGAACCCCCAGGUCAGCAGGGUCACCAGUUCUCACCACAAACCCAAAAGAGGGUCAGUCAGAUGCUUUCAUGGCCAGGUGCAACUAAAAAGGGACAAACAUGAGAAAUAUCCACUUUUCUUUAUGUACUUUAGGUGUGGCAUUAACAGACUACUGGGUGGCUUCAUCUCAGUUGUUUUUGUAGCACUCUGUUUAAAACUAACGCUGAAUCUUGUGCUGUUAUUAUUCUUUUGGAAAAAGACACAUUCAUAGAGAGGACGGAGAGAAGUGAACAGCCUUUCUUUGACGAUGACAUUGGUUUUGAUUUUUCUAGAGAUUAACCUGUAUACAUAAAAAAGUGAAACUGAUACUGUGUUUACCUCCACAACAUAGCUAACACUCCAUUUGCUUUUCUAAAGACAAAAGCAGUCAGUCCAGUUGUUUUUCCUCUGGCAUAAGAAGUUUCAUAUCUAAAUUGAACAUUUAGUAAGAGAGGAUUCAGUGAUAUGACUAAAUGAAUUAAUUUAUAUACAAUAAUAACAGUGUUAUUCAGAACUAAGUUGUACAGACUACUGUCAGUGAAGUGAAAUAUGGACAUGUGUUAUUUGUCGCGGUGGUGAACGUCUGAAGCUGUGCACGAUGACUGGUGAUGCCGGUUUUACAAAUGUAUGGACCGAACAUUAUAGUAGAUGAAAUAAUCCUGUGAAUAGAACCAAGUUGACGAUCAAUGAUUUGUUAGGAAAUCAGCCAACGCCUCGACUAUUGUUUUUGUUUGUUAAUAUUUUUGUUUUAAGUUCAUUGCACUUUCUUGUUUUACGUUGAACUUAGUGCAAAAGACAAGCGUUGUUAUUUAUGGUGUAAUUUAAGUUGUUUGCAUUUUCCAAUUUGUUUGGUUUGAUUUUACAUGAUGUGUUAUGUUUGUGUGGUUUUGUAAUGACAUGAUCAUAACAUCAGCUAGAUUUAAGAGUGUUUAAUGACUUUGCAACUUGACCCUGCAAGAUGUGCUGGAAUGGAUGAGAAUGUGUAGGAUUCGUAUGAAAGGCCCUAAAGUGUUAUUCUGUGCAGAAAAGCUGUGAGAAAUCUACCAAAUGUCCAUAUAGAUUUGUUUUUAAAUCUUGGUUAGUGAUGUGUUCCCUUGCCAUGUUUUACUUUAAGAUAUUACUUUUAUUUUGCUACAAACACCCACAUGAUUCCCAUGUGUCUAAAGUUUUGGAAAGUUGUCAAGAAUCAUGCCACAGAAUCAUUUCUUGAUGUAUUUGGGCAAGUUGGUCCGCAGUAUAACCGAUGUAUUUGAAGUUUGCUGACACAUCACUGUGUUUUUUACCCGUGACCAUGUUAUUUCACUGAAUCAGAGAAGAAACCUAUUCAAAAAGGGACACUUGUAUAUUUUGUAAAGUUGAAAAUUUGAUCCCCAUUAUCAAUCACAUGUAAAAAGAACUUAAUGCACUCUUGUCUGGCCUUUGUUGCAUGUGAAAUAGUUUGAGUUUUGUAUAUUUAUGGUAUUAACAUGGAAUAAAAUGUGAAAGAAAUAUU